UUUCCCGCUGUUUCGUUUAAAACACUAAAAUCAGAUAUUGUUUGCGCGCCCUCACAUAGCCGAUGCCGCUAUCCGCCGCCACAGCCGGCGGCUCAGUGCCGCCCGCGCUAGAAGAGAAUCCAUCACCACAAGACGGCGACGGUUACGGCGUUAUCGACAUCCCCGGCGUUGUUUCACUUGACGAGGAGGGAUUCCCGUCACAGAUCCCUUACGAAGACUCUCCACCAAACACCGCCGGCGAGCGAUCGGCGACAUCGGCAGGAAAGAGCAGCUUCGCCGCCGAUUUCUAUAGCUGCGGUGCCGAUUGGUCCUCGCUGUUGUCGCCGGAGGAUCGCAGACACAGCGGCGGUUUCGGUUCGGUUCAUUCGGCGAAGAAGUUGAAGCAGGCAAAUUUGUUUCAGGUUUGGGGAUUCAAACGAAACGGCGCCGCCGAAUCUGAUUCGGCUUCGUCUAUUGAAUCUUGCAAACCUAACCAAUGUGAUUCUUUUACCGGUGGAGGCGAAAGCGUUGAAUCAAAAUCUUCUCAUAAGAGAAAGGAAAGCCGUGAAGAAGUUAGAGUGACGCGUACCUGUCCUUUUUAUAAGAAAAUUCCAGGGACAAGCUUCACUGUUGAUGCAUUCCGUUAUGGGUGUAUUGAAGGGUGCUCUGCAUACUUUCUUAGUCACUUCCAUUCCGAUCAUUAUGGCGGCCUUAGCAAGAAAUGGUCACAUGGCCCCAUUUAUUGCUCUCCUCUUACAGGAAGGCUUGUUCAAAUGUGUCUCUCGGUAAAUCCCUUGUACAUCCACCCUUUGGAAUUUAAUGUUGAAUAUGUGGUUUGUGGUGUCAAAGUGACUUUGUUGGAAGCUAAUCAUUGCCCUGGUGCAGCGUUGAUUCACUUUGGCCUCUCAAAUGGGCAAUGUUAUUUGCAUACCGGAGACUUUAGAGCUUGUAAACAAAUGCAAGCUUACCAUACCCUUGUAAAUCAACAUGUGAAUGUCCUUUACUUAGACACUACAUAUUGCAACCCAAAGUACAAUUUCCCUUCCAAGGAAGACGUACUCAAUUAUGUUGUCAAAGUUACAAAGAACCAACUUAAAGUGCAUCCCAAAACUUUGGUGGUUGUUGGAGCGUAUAGUAUUGGCAAAGAGUGUGUAUAUCUUGCAAUUUCUAAGGCUCUUGGGGUAAAAAUUUAUGCAACUGCUUCAAGAAGGAAAAUUUUGCUGGCUUUUGGUUGGUCUGAGCUUUCUGAUAGUCUGUGUAUUAAUGGAAAUAACACAUUUCUCCAUGUUCUUCCCAUGUCAUCUCUCAGAUUGGAGUCUUUAAAGGAUUACAUGAAGACCUACAAGGAAAAAUACACAGCAGUAUUGGCAUUUCGUCCAACAGGUUGGACUUUCAGCGAAAAGAUUCGCAAUGAUCUAGAACUAAUUAAACCUAUUUCCAAAGGAAAUAUCACAAUAUAUGGUGUUCCCUACAGUGAGCACUCCAGCUUCACAGAACUGCGAGGUUUUGUUCAGUUUUUGAGGCCUGAUAAAAUAGUUCCAACUGUGAAUGUCGGAAAUGCGGCUACUCGAGAAAAGAUGCAAUCUUACUUCCGAGACUGGUUGAAGGGUUAACGUCUUCUCUCCCUUCAAGAAAUUUGGGAUUGUAAUAAGAGAUACCCAUUUAAUGAAGAUGGAAUUCGCAGGGGGAAUUCGACAUCUAUUGCAAUCUGCAGAAGGCGAUACAUGGAUUCUUUUGGAAGGUUAGCCAUCACGAUAACAUGUUUGAUCUAAUUGCUGCAACACCUUUUGUUUGUCUGCUUGAAAGAAUAUCGUCCUGCAGGACUUAUAUGACGAAAAUAUAGGAUGAAAUGUCAUGCCUUCUGAUAUUUGUCUUGUGCGAAGCACUUACCCAUUUUAUUGAAGAAUCAUAGUUGGUACCUAGUUGGAGGUCACAACUUGAAUGCAGAUUCCCGCCAAGAUUCCUACUAUUUAUUGCAAUUUUUUAAUUUUAAUUUUAUUUUGUACAAGUAAUAUUAGUUAGGUACUUAGGUUCCAUAUGGCUUUGUUACAGCCACAAUAGCUAUUUCUUAUCAUCCUUAUCUAUCAAUGGACAACAUCUUUCAUGAUUGCAUCUUGCAAUCAACCUAUUCCUCUUAAUAUCCUGAAUCAAGUGCCACACAUCAUCUAAUUUCUAUUUCUAAUAGCAUUAUUUUUUACUUUGAUUACACAGCAUCUGACCAACUUUACAUUGCCAAUGAUUCAGAUUUUUCUAUCUUCAAAUAAGGUUAUCCAUUUUGCAAAAUACUUAUAACAAUACCAGUUUUAUUUUAGACAAUUUUUUACAUGUACCUGAUAUUGCUACAAAUUUAGUUAGUGUCUCUAAGUUAUGCCUUGUCAGUAAUGUUUUCUUUGAAUUUCAUACUUUUCAUUGUCUUGUUAAAUCUCAGGCGACA